AUGGCCCGCGGCACGGUUCUGGUGGCCCUGGUGCUGCUUUUGGGCACUGCUGCUGCGCAGGAGAUUGCAGGGACUGCUGCCGCCCCGACUGAGCCCAUCCUGGUGGUUCCCCCCGCUGCCGAGCUCGUGGGCCGCAAGCUCCAGCAGGUGUCUCCCGUGUCACCAACCACCGUCGCCAUCCUGGGCGCCCCCCUGGUCGAGCAGCUGCUGACCGGCGCUGGCCAGGGGCGCAAGCUGCAGCAGGCGGGGCCCCUCGCCUACCAGCGCGGCUGUUGCCCGCCUGCGGCAGCUCGCUCCCAGCUGGCUGCACACUGGGCACAGCGAUGUCUCGCCGGCGUGCUCCACCUCGCGGAGCCCCUGGCUCCCACGGCUGCCGCCAUCCUGGGCGCCCCCCUGGCCGAGCAGCUGCUGACGGGGCCGGCGGGCCAGGGCCGCAAGCUGCAGCAGGCUGGCCUGGCUGCGCUGCUGCCUGUGCCCGUGGCCGAGAGCCUGGUGGAAUCGGCGCGCCUGGCCGAACAGAUUGGCACCAACACCCGCCCGACCGGCCGUAAGCUCCAGCAGGCGGAGACCGAGAGGGAGGGCCUGCUCAUCUUUGCGCCUGUACCCGUGCCCGAGCUGCCAAUGACUGUGCCGGAGCAGCCGCUGACGGGGCGCCGCCUGAGCCAGAUUGUGGACACCUCCGCCCUCAUCCCGCUGCUGCUCACCCCCCUGGCCGAGAGCCUGGCCUCCACAGUGCGCGGGGGCCGCCGCCUGCAGCAGGAGCCAGAGAUGGCGGACCAGGAGAACAUUGUGGGCCCUGUGGGCACGACCCCCGCGGUCGAGGCGGAGGGCGAGGGCGAGGGCGGCGGCCGCCGCCUGCAGCAGGCUGGGCUGGCCGGGCUGGAGACAUCCACCCCCUCCCUGGUGACCCCCCCGCUGGCCGAGAGCCUGGCCACGCCCGCCGGCCAGGGGCGCCGCCUGCAGCAGGCUGUGGCGUACGAGCCGACUGCCGCCCCUCCGGGGCUGGUCCCCGCCACCCAGAGCCUGACAGCUCCUGCUGGCCUGGGCCGCCCCCUGCAGCAGACCACGGGGCUCGAGCCCGUGUCCCUGCUGUCCCCGGCCGCUGAGCGCCUGCGUGAGGAGCUCACCGGCACCGAGACCGGCACCCUGGGCACCGCCACCGGUCCCACCGGCCGCAAGCUUCAGCAGGCUGGUGCCGAGACGGAGGGCCUGCUGGUCACUGUGUUUGUGCCUGUGCCCUUGCCCGAGAGGCCCCUGAUGGGGGCCCCCUGA